GUUUACUGAUAGAGAGGGUCGUGUUAUACUCGACCAAUGGACUGAUAGAGAGGGUCGUGUUAGACCAACCGCUUCUGCACGGGCUCACCGUGCUCACCGUGAAUUGUGUGGACAACGAAGAUUACAGAAUCAACAAGCAGAACAUGCGCAACCAGAACAGGGGCAAGCAGAAGAGGCCCAAGCGGAUGAGGCCCAACCUGAAGAGGUCCAAGCGGAUUAGGCCCAACCUGAAUCAGAUGACGGAUAUCCUGGUGGUCCGGUUGACAGGUCUGUCCUAAGGACAUAUGGGGAUCAUGUUGCGACACGACUAUGGGACGACGUGGUAAAUUUCUGAAUCAAAUUAAAUAUUAAAUAUUUGCUUUAUAUUUGUUCGGUUAAUUUAUUUUAGGAUCGCAGAGAGUUAAGGAUUUUUAGCAAUGGCAAAAAAUUAAAAGAAGCUGUCAUUGAAAAUCAAGAGGUUGAGGAACUUGUUAAAAGUUCUGGUUUAUAUACAUUGCUAAAAUGCAGCUAUGAGAUGAUCGACAAAUGUCUAAUUUCUGCCUUUGUCGAGAGAUGGCAUCGCGACACCAACAACUUUCAUCUUCCAAUUGGGGAGAUGACCAUUACUUUGGACGAUGUCUCUUCGCUGCUGCAUAUACCCAUCACCGGUGCAUUCUUCAGCGUUAAUAUAUUUAACAAGGAUGACGCUGCAGAGUUGUUGGGUGAGCUUCUUGGGGUGAGUCUGGCUGCUGCAUAUGCUGAGUUUAACUUGACGCGGACAACCACUGUUCGGUACAGUUGGUUGCUUGACAUAUACCAUCAGCGAUGUGCUGAUCAGCAUUGGCAGAUGGUUGCGAGAGCAUUUCUUUUAUUUUUGGUGGGUUGCACCUUGUUCAGAGACAAGAGUGCCUUCGCAGUGAGUUUUGCCUAUCUUGAAUGUUUCAGAGACCUCAACUCAUGCGGGGGAUAUGCAUGGGGUGAUGCUGCGCUUGCUUACCUAUACGACAAUCUUCGAGAAGCGAGUAUGGAUCAGACUAGAACAGUAUCAGGGUAUCUGACACUAUUACAGGCGUGGGUGUAUGAGCAUUUUCCAGCAUUAUGUGCGAAUUGUUGUAGACUAUCUCAGAUUUAUGAUAAGGACUAUCCAAGAGCACAUAGAUGGAAGCCAAAACAGGAUAAAGGUUUGGUUAUUCCAUUUAGGAAAGCACUGGACGAGAUUGAUGUUGAUGGCAUAUGUUGGACACCCUACAGAGAGCAUAGACUGAAGCGACCAUUUGAGGUUGUUUCAUUAUUCAAAGGGUGGAUACGCUGGGGUUCCAAGAUGUAUGCUCACUUGCCAGAUAGGGUAUUGCGUCAAUAUGGACAUGUCCAAACCAUCCAUGGUUCACCUUUGGAGAUAGUAGGUCAGACGACCACACCAGAGGAAAUGGACAUCAUGUUUAUGCAAUACGUUGUACAUGUAGUUGACGUUGGGGCAGUUGUACACAGACCUGCAGACUGCGCAAUUGAGUACAUGGACUGGUUUCGUCGGAUUUCUCAUCCAUAUAUAAUUCGUAGAGAACCAGUCUAUUAGCACAUUCGGUUGCAGAACCUGUCGAUGAUGAUCAUGCUUCAGAAGAAACAACGCGUCGAGCAAUACAAAUUGCAGAGGAGCUUCUUGGUCAACAGCUGGUAUUACCUGAUGGCAUCCCACUCGUGAAUGAAUUAAUUUUGAUAUUGCGAUCUCAGAGGGGUGGUGGUAGAGAUUGGACUCAUGUAGUGCCAUAUCGUAGGAGACAUAGACAGACUUAGGAUAU